AUGAUCUCCUAUGCUUCAGGCCUUGGGGUGGCUCUCUGUCCUCGUGUUCCUACUAUUGGCUUUCCUCGCCUUUUCGGUUUCGGGUUUAGGCACUUAACUAGUCUGCCGAUUCUACGCCUACAUUCUCGUCAUAACUCAUCUCUAUACACUGCCGCAAAUAUGGAGCUAAUCAAAAAUCCCAAAAUUGCCGUUUUGAUCAAUACUCCGCCAGAUGGCACAGACUUCCCAUCAGUGGUGAAGGAGUGCUUCAGAGAAGCAUUUAAGUCAAUUCUUCCAACAGAAGAGCUGGAUUUCUUUGACCCCGUCGUGGAGCGGAAGUUUCCCGAUGCCUCAAAAUAUCAACUCAUAGUCUUGAGUGGCGGCAAGAUAGAUGCCGAUUGUUCUGAGCCUUGGGUGUUGGGAGUACUGGAUUACAUCCGCAGCACGGCGCAUAAUUUCUCUAAGACAAAGAUGCUAGCUGUUUGCUGGGGACAUCAAGCUGUUUCCAGGGCGUUUGGUGGUCAAGUUCGAAAUGUUCCGACUGGAUCAGUUAAUACGGUCAAGGAAAUUGGCCUUACGGAGACUGGCAAGAAGUUCUUCCCGUUUGCUUCAACCUCUGGAUUUUAUAGAGUAAUGGCCAUACACGACAGUGAAGUCGAGACACCUGCGCCUGGCUUCGUGUCUCUUGCUGAGAACCAGGAAUGCUUCAUCAAUGACGCAAACACUAUUCUUACAUUCCAGGCGCAUCCUGAGAUAUCUCAUGAGCUUUCAUGGAAGCUGCUUUUAGAAGAGGACCAGAAGCAUAACAGAGCAUUCUCUGCGGAGAAGUGGGGACUGGACCAUCCAAAUGACGGACUAAAAUUGCUCGAGAGGGUCGUGCAAUGGGCAGCGGAAUGA